AUGGCAAAAACCUCUAAAACUGUUCCCCAAAAAGAGAAAGCCCCUUCGUCAUCAUGCUCGUCUAAGAGCAAAACGGUACUACCACCUCGUAUAGAGGAGUCUAUCGAGUGGUACCACGGUACUGUCAAGGAUCUCUCGGGCUGGGUCCGACAACUCGAUUUGACCUGCCCAUAUGUGAAGCACGUGUGGCGUGAUCUGGCUAAGACCCAUUGGGAGGCCAAAAACCAUGGCCUUGGAGAGGCCGUUUUGAUGAGGGAACCCCCGCAUGGGGAAGCAAAUACCCCGAAGCCCGCUAAGGAGAAAAAGAGAAAGAAGAAAUCACCAGUUGAGUCCCCGAAGCCAAAGAAGGCUAAAGUUCAAAAGCCCAAGGUCGAUUCAGCGGCCUUAACUUCGAAAGUAGCAGAGAGCCACCGAGCUGGGGGUGAAGAGAAAGAUGACUCCCCGCUAGCACACUGGGGAAAAAGAAGCGUGAUUGCUUCGGACCUUGCUGAGUCGAUAGUUGUUGAGCCAAAGGCUUCUAAACUAGAAGUUGCUGAUGCUUUCCUACCUCGGGCCGAAGAGGCUCUCGAGGGUGGAUCAAAUGAUGUCCUUGAGUCGGUUGGCGGCCAAAACAUUUCCCGAGCCGAGGGGCAUUCGAUAGAUGAGUUAGGGGAGCCCAGUUCUGAGGCUCCUCAGAGGCAAGAGAAGGCCCUGAUCGAUCCAGCCAGAGUUAUUGAUGUGGGUGAUUCCCCUCCGGGUCCGGCAUUCUCUCCAAGGGAGAUACGUGAUGCGCAUAAUAGAGAGAUUUCUGAUAUGGGGGUGUCCCUUAGGGAGAAUGAUGCGUUUGAAGGAUUCUUCACUGGGAUCAGAGAAAAGCCCGAGCUUAAUGCCCCGCUCAUUUUCGAGGAAGCCGAGAGGCUCUGCAAACAGGCCUUUGCUAAGUCUCAAGCUGAGUUGACCCACUAUGAGGAAGAGUGUCGGAGGCUCUCAUUAGAGGCUGACGGGCUCAGAGCUCUUUUUACCAAAAAAGAGGAAGAACUUCAUGACCUUCGGGCUCGUUUGGAGAUGCUUGAGCAGAAAGAUAUCCUGAUGAAGGAGGGGCUCAGAGGCAGGGAUAUUGAGAUUCUCGGACUCAAGCAGCAUGUGGACGAGAUAGCCGCCGAGAGAGAUACCCUCCAGUGGAAGUUGACCUCGGUUGAGCAUCAUCUUCAGGAUGCAAGGGAAGAUAGUCAUAAGUAUAAGGAUCUCUUUGUUAACUCGGUCGCCGCUCUAUCUGCAGCCAAGUCCGAAGCCGAUGCGCUCAUAUCCUCGUACCGAGAAGAUGCUAUUGCUACAAAUGCUCGAGCCAAGAAGGCUCUCGAGGAUGUAUAUGCAGGGGGCAUCGAUUUGUCUGUUGAGAUCGAGAGGGUGAAGGCCCUAGAGGAAGAAUCGGCAGCUCUACUUUCUUUCGAUGAUGGUUCAGCCAAUGGUUCAGCCAACAACUCGAAGGAUGAUGAAGAUGAAGGUGAAGUCCCCGAGAGAGAGGAGGCCGUUGAUGUUCCGGGGGUCGAGGGCCAAGCCAUUGAAGACACAACUUCCGAGGGAGAUCCGUCCAGUCAAGUGACCCCCACAGCAGAUUAG